AUGACGGGCAGCUUUGCUGACAACAUGAGCAUUGUGCAAAAGGCUUUCGACUCGUUGGAACCAGGCGGCUACUUUGAGGCACAGGACAUGGCACUUCCCCUUGGUUGUGACGACGGUACCUUGACUGUGGAUUCAGACCUCUGGAAAUGGGUUCUUCUCGUUAUGGAAGGCAUGGAGAAGUUUGGCCGUCCUGUCAGUGCUGCUCAGCAAUGGAAACAGCUCAUGGAGGCCGCUGGAUUCGAGGAUGUCGUCGAGACAAUUUACAAAUGGCCGACGAACCGUUGGCCUCGAGACGCACACUACAAGGAGAUAGGAAUGUGGAGUUUGGAGAACAUGGACCAGGCUCUGGAACCAGCUACACUUGCGCCUCUUACGAGAGCGCUAGGCUGGACCUAUGAAGAGGUCAUUGUCUUGGUCAGUAAGGCGAGGAAGGUCAUGAGAGACCCCACUGUGCAUGCAUACUGGCCCAUGUAA